UUUCUCCGCUUCUAUUGGACAGAGGCGGUGCCUAUCAAACCCUUCCCGCGAGCCCAUUGGCCGGCAGCGACCCGGCGGGCCGACGGCUGCGGGGGAGGGGAGGACGCAGGGGCCCGGAGCGGCGGCGGCGGCGGCGGCCGGGGCGGAGGCGAAUUUACAGGACUUGAUGCCCCGAGCCCCAGCAUAACACCAUCAUGUCGGGCACCGUAUCCAUCCUCCAACAAUUUGCCAAUGGCUUGAAGAGUCGCAGUGAAGAGACGAGGGCGAAAGCUGCCAAGGACCUGCAGCAUUAUGUCACCAUGGAGCUCCGCGAAAUGAGCCAGGAGGAGUCUACCAGGUUUUAUGAUCAGCUGAACCAUCACAUAUUUGAGCUGGUCUCUAGCUCUGAUGCAAAUGAAAGGAAAGGCGGCAUUUUGGCUAUUGUGCUGUUGAAAGGUGCCGGCUUGACAACCCUGGACACUGAUGGCCUCUUUAUCUACAGAGCAGCAAGCCUUAUCGGUGUUGAAGGAGGUAACGCCACCCGUAUUGGCAGGUUUGCAAACUACCUGAGGAACCUUUUACCAUCCAAUGACCCUGUUGUAAUGGAGAUGGCCUCCAAGGCUAUCGGGCGGCUCGCAAUGGCUGGUGACACCUUCACAGCCUGAGUACGUGGAGUUUGAGGUGAAGCGAGCUCUGGAGUGGCUGGGGGCUGACAGGAAUGAAGGUCGAAGACAUGCAGCUGUUCUUGUCCUGCGUGAGCUGGCAAUCAGCGUGCCUACCUUCUUCUUCCAGCAAGUGCAGCCGUUCUUUGACAAUAUUUUUGUGGCUGUGUGGGAUCCCAAACAGGCCAUUCGAGAGGGAGCUGUUUCUGCCUUAAGAGCCUG